UGUUGCGAUGGGAUAGCGCUUGGACACCCCUGGUGAAAAGCAUAACUGCAACAUGACACAUCGAACGCAGAUCGGCUGUGGGAAGUAAAAGAAAAACAACAACAAAUGAGAAGUGCAGUGGUAGAAACAGAUUUGUGAAGAGUUUAUCACCUUCAGAAAAUACCUUUAAUUGUGCAAAGUAGGAAGGCAAUAUCUAGUGUAUCGUAUAGUGUAUACUGUGAUAUUAAUCCCUGCGGUGAAUCGGUUCUCAAAACGAGUGAAAUGCCCAUCGGCUUAAUGCUUGAUAGCUUUCCUUGAAUAGGGCAGAGGUUCCCAAACACGUCACACAAGGAACAUUUGUGAAUGGUGCGGAAGUGAAUUGUGGGAAGGAAACCACUUUAUUGUAAGUUACUAAUAUUAAGAAUAUGAUGGAAUUUGUUAUUAAUUGUUAAUAAAAUUUGCAGUUGAGCAUCGCUGAAAACAAGUCGGCUGCUACAAAAAAUCUGGUUUCCCUUCGGGAACAUUCUCAAAAGAAAGUGACACACACGAAGUGUCCUAGCGAGAAGUUGGACCUCUCCCAUAAUGGCUUCUGAUUCCGAAUCUGUAAAAGAUCAAACCCUCUUCGAUCUCACGGAAACUCCGUGUGAUAUCUGUGGCCCAUCAACAUGUGAUGAAGAGAUGAUCGGCUGUGAUAGUUGCUCGAAAUUUUUCCAUUACCGCUGUGUGGGCAUCGCGGAAGGCAAAUCGCCGAAAAAGUGGUUCUGCCAAAGCAAGCUGUGCCAGGAAAAAUCCCAGGAGAACCAGGAGAAGCAGAAAAACGCCAAGAAGCAGACUCGCACUCGGAAAAACGACAAUGAGUCUGACAAAUCCAGCGUCAUCUCUCGCCUAGCUGCGUCUAGCGUUGAAGCAAAGGUGCAUGCGCUGAAAGAAAAGCAAAAGCGACAGUACGAGGAUCUGGAGGCGGAAAUGCAGCUGCGGAAGAAGGAAAGGGAGAUGCAGCGUGCGUUCGAGCAGCGAAAGAUGGAAUUGGAGCUGCAGAUGCGCGAUGAAGAAGAAGAAGAACAAAGGGCUUGGCGAACGGAGAUGCUCCGGAAGAAAAAAGAGCAGAUUCAGCGGCUGAAGUCGAACCAGGAGUCGUUCGAGAGACAAAUGGCGGCCCUGGAUGAGGAAUUAGCGAGACUUUCGGGUCAAAAGUCGAAGCCGGCGCCGAGAGAAGUCAAGGACGUUUCGCGAGCGGGCCCUUCCGGCAAAGUCAACCUGAGCGUGCUGCAACUGAGCAAGGAGAACAUCAGGAAGCCAACGCGAGACAAAGAGAGCACCGACGAAGAAGACGAGGAUGAUGAAAACUCAGGCAAUUCCGAUCGGUUUACCCGGAGUUCAGCUUCAUCCAUGGAAGUGAGGUCGAGAAAAAUGGCUCCGACGAAAAUGCGUGAGAAAGUGGGAAGUGUUAGCCAAAACAGGCUGGGACAGCAGCAGACCGGACCGACGAAGGCCCAGCUGGCCGCAAGGAAGGGACUUACAUACAAUCUCCCAAAAUUCUCCGGCAAUCCAGAACAGUGGCCAUUGUUCUACGCGGCCUACAAAACGUCCAACGAUACAUGUGGUUAUAUGAACCACGAAAAUCUUAUCCGGCUUCAGGAGGCACUCGAAGGCGAUGCUCUCGAGUUAGUUUCUGGUCAGCUACUUCUUCCGGAAACAAUUCCGCGGGUGAUCGACAAACUGCGUCGGCAUUAUGGCCGCCCGGAACAGCUACUCGAAAGUUUGCUGGAAAAAGUCAAUCGGCUGGACCCUCCACAACCCGACAACCUUAGGAGUUUCGUUCCAUUCGGAAAUACGGUGGAGCAGCUCUGUGGACAUCUGGAGGCCGCUGAUCUACGGCAACACCUCGUCAACCCACUGCUGAUAAAGUCGCUGGUUGCCAAGUUGCCGGAUCGUGAGAAACGCGAGUGGGUUCAUUACCGAAGAGAUCGUGGCGAAACAACAUUGCGAACGCUGACAGAUUUUUUGACGAGCAUCGUUGAGGACGCUUGCGACGCCAACGUCAACAUCGGCUGCAAUGUAUCACCUCCAUCUACGAGUGGUGUUCAGCCUAGCAGGAAAAGAUCAAGUGAGUCGGGCGCAUUGUACUGCCAUUGCGCGGUCAGCAGUCCGACUGUCAAGCUCUGCGAGAAGAGAUUGAAACCGUGUAGGUUGUGUCGGCACACGGACCACCGUCUGCGAAACUGCGUAGAAUUCAAAAAGUUGUCUUACGAUGAGCGACUGAAGCUGGUGAUUCGUCAAAAGCUGUGUCAAGUAUGUCUCAACGACCACAGUGGGCAGUGUACAUUCAAGAUCCGGUGUAACGUUGGUGACUCAUAAUCCGAUGAUGCAUCC